AUGUACAACCAGUUUUAUAACCAAAACCAGUCAUACUACCCUGCCAGGACCAACGCCGCCUCUAAUUCCUCGUAUGCGUCGUCGGGUCAGCCAAGAGGGUUCCAGAAUAACCAGCAGGCUAACCAGCAAAUUCCGCAGAUCUGGAUGGGGGAUCUCGACCAAAGAUGGGACGAGACCACCAUCAAGCAGAUAUGGUCCAGCGUCCUUGCUCCUUACGAAAUCCUCAUCCAUUCUGUCAAGCUCAUCAGAGACAAGCAGAGCAUGAGCCUUGGACUGGCCAAUGCAGGAUACUGCUUCAUUCGAUUCCACAACUUUGAGGAUUCCUACAAAGUGUUGGAAAUGUUUAACGGGAAGGCCAUUCCGGGAACUAAUAAUGUGCGAUUUUUCAAGCUUAAUUGGUCGUCUGCGAACUCCCCAGGCUCUUCCGUCGCCUCCCAACCUUCUAAGGGGCACCACGAAUACUCGAUUUUUGUUGGUGAUCUGCCCCAAACCGUCACCGAGCCAGCUCUUCUGCAAGUUUUCCAGUCCAGGUACCCAUCGUGUUGCGGCGCCAAGGUGAUGGUUGACCCGGCUACCGGCCAUUUGAAAGGCUACGGAUUUGUCAAGUUUUUAAACGAGGAGGACCAAAACAGAGCACUAAUUGAAAUGCAAGGUUACGUUCUUCUGGGAAGACCAAUCAGAGUUUCCACCGCAUCCAAGUCUCAGCCAGACUCGUCCAACAAUAAUACGAGCUUUUUCAACUCUCAAAACCAGUCCCAGGACCUUUCUGGUCAGCAAAAGCUGAACGCUCCAUCCUUGCCGCAAUCGGCCCCUAUUCAGUACUACAACGACCCGAACAACACCACUGUCUUCAUUGGCGGUUUGAAUGUCCCGAUCUCCGAGUUCCAACUUAGAGAGCUGUUCUCCAGAUACGGAGACAUCACUUAUGUCAAGAUUCCGCCAGGAAAGAACUGCGGCUUUGUUCAAUUCUACCAUCGUGCCAGUGCUGAAAUGGCCAUCAGCGAGAUGCAGGGAUACGACAUUGGCGGCGGUUGCAAAGUUAGAGUCAGCUGGGGAGCUCGUGCAGCCCAAAGAAACUGGUUUGCCAGACAACUGACUCUGCAACAGCAACAACAGCAACAACAACAGCAACAAGCUCCGGCAAUUAAUUCUUUCAACAUGACCAAUUCUCUUGGGCUCGUUGGUAGCAGAUACAAUUUGCUCAACGAUCUGUUGAACGAACGUUCUGCUGCUACAUCUAACACCGGAUUAGUUAACGAACCACUAUUUAACUUUGAAAAGUUAUCUAACGAGCCAAUUGGGUACAGUCCAUUGGCAUCUUUGGACAACCUGGGCACAAACGGUGCCCUGUCCUCCGACUACCGUAUGAACGAGUACCUAUUGAACUCCAGACUGGCAAAUAUGGAGAAAUUGGACAUUGGCUCGGGGCUUUUCAAUCUCAACUAA